CACUCCCCGAAUUACUCAGCGCCCCUUUGUCCUCGGUCGGUGCCCAGCCAGCGACACUCAUGGCGGCUGCACCCGUCAGGCAGCGCUCCGGGCCAGGGGGACCCCGGGCGCAGCUCCCGCCCUGCUACUACGAAGGAUACCUGGAAAAGCGUGGACCGAAGGAGAAGGCAUCCAGGCGUUUGUGGACCUGUCUGUGUGGGAACACUUUGUAUUUCUUUAAUAAUGCUAAGGACAUUCAUUAUGUGGAGAAGCUGGACCUCGGUGGGUUUGUGUCUUUGAAGGAUGAUUGUGGUCGUGACAGAAACUUGGAGGCAGCCAGGCUCAUUCUGAGAAUGAAGGACGGAGAGACAAAACUUACAGCACCCAAUCUGGAAUCACGGGAGCUGUGGAAAGGUUUCCUCUACUCUGUUAUAGAUCUGAAUGUGCCGUCCUGUCUCACACUGCUGCCGGGCCAGCUGCAGAUGCUGAGGGAGGUGGUGGACAAAGAGCGGUCCAGACGGAGAACUCGCACUCCCACACGGGCCCCGCCGUCACCUCUGUCCGUGCCUUUAGUAGGGGAGAUCCCACCGUGUUUUCGACCAGUGUCUCGAACAGAAGCAGAAGUCCUAUUGGAGAGACACCCAGACUGUGGCAACAUGUUACUCCGACCUGGCAGAGAUGGAUGCUCAUUAGCUGUCACCACCCGACAGGACCUCAAUGGGUCAGUGUUCCGGCAUUACCGUGUGACUCAGAGGGACCAAGGUGGAUAUGUUAUUGACGUGGAAAAUCCUAUUCCAUGUGCUACACUUCAUGAGGUUAUCGACGCCCUGGUUGAGAAGACGGCAGGGACGCUACAGCCUUUUCUACUCGAAGAGCCUUAUGAAGAGAAUAUCACAUAUGUUUCUGCCAACGAUGAAAACGGAGAGCGGAUCCUUCACACCGCCCCCUCCAGUCCUCUGCCAAAGGCUCCUGCCCUGCCCCCAAAACAAGAUCGCUGGUGCACUAGUCCCCUGUCGAGGUCCCCCGCCACAGACCGCCGUAUCCUGACCUCACCAGUACCAUCCUCGCCCACCAACCCAAUGAGACGACUCAUCCUCUCCCCUUCACCUCUUGCACAGACACUCAACGAGGAGCUUAAAAUGAAGCUGGAAAUAAGACGAGCCAGUCAGGACUGAAUUACUCAAAAGGGACAACUUCCUGUCACAGCUCACCCAAUCUUCAGUGCCAAAGUCCUUCCCACUGCAGCUACAUAUUCAUCCUGUGCCUUCAAGAUGGAAGAAAAGAGGCCACAAAUUACAAGUACUUUCUCACAUGGAGCUUCAGGAUGUUCCGGUUUUGAUUCUUUUGUUCUUACGGUUUGGUUGUUGGACUUCCAUGAGUAAAUGGACUCUGAUGAGCUAUUAAAAGGUUGGUUAAGAAAAAUAAUAGAUUUGAUGCUCACAAUGUCAGAAAAAUGCUGCCUGCCUUAGUUGGUUUAACAGUCCAUGACUAUAUGUUGUGUUCUUGGAUGAAGCUGUUUAUAAACUGCCACCGAGCAAAAAAAGUGCCCCUACUAAUGAAUCACCCUCAGUCCACAUGAACAUUUCAUCUGUAGGACUAUCUUCAGAAACCCUUUUGGAGAAGCACUGACACAAACUGGACCACCAACUGAGCCUCAUGUUUUCCUGUCUGAGCCCAUGUGUGUGUGCUGAGCUGCUGACCUUACUCCUGCAACAGCGGAGACUAAAUAAGACUAACACACUGCAGAUUUCCAAGAUCAACACCAGAAUGCAAACUAUGGCCUGAUACCUGAGACACUUUAUCUGAUCUGAGAGUAAAACAAGCCAGGCCACACACAGAGGUUUAAGCCCUGUUAAUUCUGUUCAUUUGUGGCUGAAAAAUUAUUUGAAUAUAGUCGAGUUGACCACAAACCUGCACAAUCUCUGUCUGCUGCUCUGAGUGUUAUUUGUGACUGAAGUGACCAUUGACAUGUUGUUAAUUCAGUAAUAACUGCUGUGACUCUGUCAUGACUGAACUGAUAUCUUAACUGUACUGUUGGUGAUUAGUUUCAAGUGGUACCUUCUGUUCUACUGUGUAUUUCUCGCCAUAUGGUGCUAUGGCUGACCAGUGCUCAGACCUGCCUCGAAACUUCAGGUGAUUUUCUGUUUCCUUCCUAGAUGUAGUAUAUUUACAAACUCUGGUGCCCUCUAGUGGAUUAUCUGUCUGGGAAAACAAAAGAACAGGAGCAUGUCUGAUGUGAAACCCUAUUAGCACACAGUCUGAGAGAACACAAGAACAAAGCCUUGGCACACAGUCAUUUCUGCUGCAGACUGAACCAGACUACACCUUUGGCACAGUGUUACCACACCCUACACCUUACCUCUCUGCCUUUCAUAACAAAAGGUCCCUUUUAUAUACAAAUGUGAAGGAGUUUUAACAUGUAUUUCUACAUCGUAUUUGUCAGCUGGGUAAUCUGGGCAGAUCUGAAGUGUCUUGAGUACUAGUAGUAAACUGUGAUCAACUGACUCAUAUGUGUCUUCUUACAAUGAACAAUUUCUUGUAUGUUUCUACAUUAUAUGUGUUGUGUUUGUUUUAUCACUAUCAGAGAACAGUGUUUGUUAGAUAUUGGGCAUUAAAUUGUUUUGCAUGGUU